AUGUCUUCCUAUCACAGCGCUGCGCACGAGCAGUACGCCAGCAGCAAUUCCCGUAUUCCUUCGCCUUCAACUCGAGCUAGUACAUCUGUUGUCAGAUCUAGACCUUCGAACGAGUCGGUGCAAAGUCAGACAGGUCGUACUCCGCGUGGCGCUAAUUCUGCGCUGCCGAGCAGGCAUGAGCCUCCAUCUUCUCCCAGAAAUGUCACAAGCGGCACUACAAACGCUUCCAGGUUGAAAGACACCUUGCUGGGGAGCAGAGGCAACGGCGACCGGUCCGUCAGCUACUCGGUUGGUGGUGCACCGAGUGUUGAUGAUGGAACCCUGUCUUCGAGCGCUCGAAGAUCGGUCUCCUCAUCGGUGGGCAUCCCCUCCAGCGCAUCGACUCGAGCAGGACAGGCAGGUUUAGCUUCAUCGACGAUGGGUCCACCGGCUGCACGUCCCACUAGAGGUGAGUAUUUCCGCUUGGCUGAUCACUGUGCGCUCCACAUGGGUGUCAGGUCCGUCAUUGUCGCGGCUCAUCUCUCGUUGCUGAAUAUCAUGCACCAUUCACCCCUAAAGUCACGGCUUCAGCCUCCGGUGGCGGCGCUCUAUCGCCUAGCGGCUUUAGGUCGCGUGGCGAUGCGAAUGGCACAACACCCACGACCUCUCGCAAACCGAAUCUGCACCUGAACUUCAACGAGUCUCCUCAACCUGCAUCACGCUUUUCCAACUUUUCUUCAGUCGAGGGAACCCCUGACGGAUCGAAAGCUUUGAAACUCUCAGAUCGCAAGGGCAGCAUUAGUGGAGCAAGCACUGGUGGACCGCGUCUGACAUCGAGCAGCAGCCCAGCCUCAUCAGGUCCUCCCAGCGCUGCUAGCACGCCUGCUUUAGAGCUCGCUCAGAAUCAGACAAUGUCAGGACUCGGCAUUGGGCUGCCCUCGGCACGAUCAAGCAGGUCUGGCGUGGGACCUGCAGCUGCCAGUGCACGCCCACAGCAAACCCCACAGCGAGGCAAAGCAGGAAGUGGCCCGCUUUCCCCUUCGCUACCUUCAGCGAGCUCGACCAGGUCAAUCAGCUAUGACAGGGCUGGCCAGGUCGGCAUCGGAGAAUUGGCUACUCCGCGAUGGAACGUGGGAAGCUCCUCAGCCCAGUGGGCGAGCAAGCCUCGACGGGUAGACGAGAGUAUCUCUUCGCCUGCAGCGGAUCGCCAAUUGCGAUCCGGCCAGGCCUCAAUCGUUGGGAGCGGCGCCUCGACUGGCUCCUUCGCUCGCCAACAGUCCGGCACAUCGACCAAGAGCGGUGCUGUCGGAGGUCGCGCUGCCCCAACCCCCGCCACAGCGAUCUCCGGCUCCAAGACGGAGCGAACAGCACGCGAAGCCGAGGCAUCUCGUCACUCUCGCGCCAUCUCGUAUUCUGCGUCGAAUCCGGUCAAGCGCGAGAAGAAUUUGCUGCGCGUCUCGCCAGAGCCGACUGGGAGUGGCGAGAGCAUGCUUAAAGCCAGUCCAUCAAUGCCAUUGUACGUGCCCCCGCUGGGAGGACAGACAUCGCUGGCGACGCUGGCCCGGGGAUAUCCACCCGGUGAAGACGGCAGUGGAGCAGGAUUGGAUGCGGAGGAUGCCGGGGAGAGCCCAACCUUUUCGAUCAACGCGCUGUCGGAGUCAGAGUCGGAUGCGAUGCACGGCGACGACACCAACGACUUUCUCCUUUCGCCGCGCAAGUUUGCGCAGGAUGCUCGGCCUUCACCAAGGAUUGGAGAUCUGGUGUGGUCAGAGGAUGAAAACGGGCCUUUCGGUUGGGGUGGGGCCGGGGAUGACAAUAGCCGCAGUCCUGGCCGUGUCAUGUCCUUGGCGCCCGGUGUGCGUCGCGGUACUGCACUCGAGCGACAUCUGGCUCAGCUGGAUGAUGAGUCUGUCAAUGGCAGCUUCGACCUCAACGCUGCCAUUGCUGAUCUGCUGAAGGAGGACGAGGAGAGGCGAAAGCGCCGUAGCGGUGCAGCAGGGGAUGUUGCCGCAGGCACAGACACCAGUCCCUCGACGUCCAGGCCAACUUCGAUGGAGGCUUCAGCGACUGUGCCAUCGAAGCGGACGUCUCAGACCUCUACUGCACGCUCAACAGUCUCUAGACAGACUCCCGAUGGUGCGGCAAAGAGUAGCCGCAGGUCUUCCACACGAGCUAUCUCUUCUCGGCCUUCUACAGCAACCUCUGCACAGCCUUCUAGCGGUGCAGCAAGCAUCACGUCCCGAGACACCCGCCGAACACGGGGCCCAUUAUCGCCACCUCACAGCGGAGGCUCGUCAAGACAACCGACUACGAGUUCAGGCAAUAGUGGUGAGCGCACGCGUCCUAGCGUUCCCUCGGGCACCAUCGGCAGCAGCGGCAAUGCGAGCCACGCAACAGCCGCGAUGAAGCGUGCUUCUUCGGCCAGCAUCGGACAUUCCCUGCUGCGGGGAUCGAUGCCGUUGGGCGCUGCUGAGGAGUUUGAACUUUCGUUCGAUAGUGGACAAGGAGAAGAUUCUGCGGCCGAAGCUCUGCGCAAGCUGGAUGGGCUAGGCGGAGGCGGCACGCCCAGAUCGAGUAGAGAUGCGUCGAGGCACCGGGAUGCUUCUCGCAGCCCCCGCACGAGUAAGCAGUAUUCGCGACCUGGCAGUGCAGGCCGCAGGACGCCUGGCGGAGCCGCAAGUCGCCCAGCAUCGCCCAACCGCACGGCAACUGGAACACUGACACCUCGCAACGAUCGUCAAAGGGAAGAGUCGAGAUCUUCCAACACUGCUCGCACAUCCCGCAACCUUGCUGCCAAAUCUCGCUCCGGAGAAGAGCGGGCUUCGCCGAGCGCUGCCAGUGUUGAGAGUCCCAGAUCGGCCGUCUUUCCUAGUCCCCGGACGCGCCGAGCGCAGUUGCCCCCGCUGCCAAAUGUCGACACGACGCUGGAGAAUCGUCGCACCUCCCAGACCUCUGUCGCCUCUCGCGACACAAAGUACUCUGCGUCGGAUCGGAAGCGUAUGAGCGACGCUUCGGUGCACAGCGACCUUCAACAGCAGUCUCAAGGCGGAGGCGCACGGCAGCAGCCGAGACAGACAGGGCAGGGCGCUGGCAAUGCCCUUCAUCGCGGUGCGGCCGAUGAAGAGGAUCGCUCGCGUAAUGGCGUUUCGGUCCCGCCUGUUCCUCCUCUUCCGAAGGGCUGGGAGUCUCGGUCGCGCGCGGGCAGCACGGGCACAGGCGAUGGUCCUCCGGUGUCCGGCUCCGCCCUCGUCAGCCAUGCGCUGAGUGCUCAUGCGCCUCACACGUCAAGCGCCGACGCGGCAUCGCCUGUUCGGAGCCCGAAAGAGAAGGCUCCCUCGCGCAAGUGGAGCUUCUCGAACUUGGCAGGUUCCUUCUCUCGCAGCCCAUCCGUUCUCAAGAAGAGUGCCGAGUCGCAAGCGCAAGCGUCGCCCAUUGUCUCGCGUCGACCAAGUGUGACCGCCAAUACCUUUGUCUCGACAGAUGCAGAGUCAGAAAAGGCGCCUCGUCCUAGCUUUGCGGACUCGCAAAAGACUCCCAACUCUCCUGCGGUGCAAUCGAUCACCUCGGAACGAAGCGGCAAGAGCUCCUCAAACGACGAUGCCGUCGCUCGCCUACGCGACGGCAAGACGUCUAUGCGCUCAAACAAAGCAGCAGCACGAAAGGCUGGGGAAGGAGCUGGAUCUGAAUCAUCCUCUGUGGAGAAGCGUACGGGAUCUGAUCUCCAACUCGACUCGAGCACACGAGAGUCUCGCGACGAGAAGCGCAGCGGAGACUCUCAUGCCCCUUCAGCCAACUCUGGUCGCAUGAGCCGCACGCGCUCCAUCCUUGGCCUGGGAAGUCUGCUCCGAGGCAAGGGCUCGCGGCAGAGCAUUGUGCAGACCAAUGGUACAACGGAUAGGCAGCAUGGCCCCAUCAGCGUGGAUAAUUCGUUCGAGUCCUCGCAAGCUGCGGACGCUUCGCCUCGCACCUCCAAGUUCCGUCCCUCGAACAUCAUGGGAAGUGCUCGCAAACGUGGCAUGGUAAGUACAGGCUCUGCAGCGCAGACUUCCUUCCAGGUACUGAACGAUCAUUUCCCAUGGGCGCCUCAGACGUUGCCGUCAUCGGCAGAUCCUCCAGCUGUCGAGGCAGCGACUCUUCCGCCCAUGCAAGUCGCCCCUCUUCAGUCUCCCGUCUCUUCGACUGCUUCACCCCGCAAAACGUCCGUCAGUGGCCGCAGUCACGACGCGCUCAUGUCUCCUCGGCGUGCUCUGGCCAACUCGAAUUCCGCUGGGGACUUGAGCGCAUCAGCAGCUCGUCAGCGCGAACGCGCUGCGGCGGCUGGUAAAGGCGCCACACUUGGGGCCAAUGAUCCUGCAGCCGGCGCUGGAUCCCGCGAUUCUCAGCUUUCGCCUUCAAGGCCCCUCGCAAGCCGCAUCCCUCGUGCACUUGCUUCUCUCAAGUCUACGCCUUCCCGGAGUCAGCUCGGAACUAGGCCCCUCGGAUCGAGCACAUCUUCCCAAAUCAACAGGCGCGUCAGCACGAGCGGCGCUGCAGGUUUACCCAAGAGCGUCACCACAUCCUCGUUGGCCUCAAGUAUGGGCAUUGGCUCUGAAGAAGAUGCAAUUUCUAUCAUCUCGGCGUCCGAUGUUGGAGAUGCAACUGCUACAAGGAGAAAGUCACUGUCUGGUGCGAAGAGCUCGGAGACGUACGGUGCUGCGGGCGGCAAUGCCGCAGCUGGAGCCUCUUCGACGAGCUUGGUCUCAAUCUUGAAUUCGUAUGCAGCUGCCAAAACGCCUGCCGAACUAGAAGUCGUCAUGCGUAGAGCACGCGUAGCCUCGUACUCCAGUGCGCUAUCUGCCAGCGAACGCGAAGUUCUCAAUUCGCUUGUUUCCAGACAAGAACAACGUAAGGCUGCUGGAAAUUCUUCCUCUUACGACGGAACGACGCCCAGUGUUGCGACGCCGCGGGGAUCGUUGAAGCCCGGUGAAGCUCACUCCACUCGCCGAGCUGUGACUCAGUCGACCUCAUCCACCGUUCUGCCGUCUGCUGCCGUCAGUGCUAAUAGCGCUCAGAGCAACACCGCUCCUCGCAAAGUACGCGCUUCUCUCACUGCCGCCUCCACAAGUGCGCGCCAAGCCCGCGACAGUGCUUUGGCCCCGCGCAGUGUGCCCCGACAGUCUGCAGUUGCUACAAGCGCCUCGGCUCCUCGAGCAAGCCCUGCCUACUCGGACCGGACGAGCCGCACUGCCAGUGUCAGCCCGCGCGUUGACGAGGAAGAAUUGCAAGGCGAUGCCGAGAUGGAAGCUUACAUCAAACGACAGCACGCAAAGAAGAUCGCAGAUGGGAGUAGUCUGGAGGAAUUGGAGAAGAUGCUCAGAUUUCCCGAUCCGGUGCCACCGAGCCGAGCUUACUCUCCAAGGCGUGAGUUGAUGUUCUGCAGAUGGCUGGUCGCAUCACUCAACCGUACUGAUAUUCUAGAUACGUGCCAUUUGCGCGCUGCACAGAGGCGGAAGCGGUGUGGGGCGACAAGCUGUCUGCUUACGAGAUGCAGGAGAUGUACGACUACAAAGAAAUUUACUUUGUGGGCUCAAAUCCGGCCAAGAAACCUGCCGUGCCCAGCAAGUCGGAUUGCAAUUAUGGAUACGAUGACGAGCGCGGCGACUAUCUGGUCGUCAACCGUGACCACCUGGCUUACCGCUACGAGAUCAUGGACCUGCUCGGUCGAGGUUCGUUCGGCCAGGUACUGCAGUGCAAGGAUCACAGGACCGGCAAGUUUGUCGCCAUCAAGUUGAUUCGAAAUAAGAAGCGAUUCCACCACCAGGCGUUGGUCGAGGUGAAGAUCCUCAAAAAUCUCACCGAAUGGGUGAGUGAAUCAUGGCGGUCGAUGCGCUGCGUUACACCCUCGCUCGCUGACACGUCACCGCUAAUGUCGGUUUACUUUAGGACCCCGAUGAGCAAUAUAACGUCAUCAAGAUGACAGAAUCGUUCUACUUCCGCAAUCACCUUUGCAUUGCCAUGGAGCUCUUGAGCAUCAACUUGUACGAGUUGAUCAAGGCAAAUAGCUUCGCUGGCUUCAGCACGCGGUUAAUCAGGCGUUUCACCAGUCAAGUGCUUGCGUCGCUCAGUCUGAUGCGGCACCACAGAGUUGUGCACUGCGACUUGAAGCCAGAGAAUAUUCUGCUGAGGCAUCCUCGCAAGAGUGGCAUCAAGGUGAUCGACUUCGGCAGCAGCUGCUUCGAACAAGAAAAGGUGUACACGUACAUCCAAAGUCGCUUCUACCGCUCUCCGGAAGUCAUCCUCGGGAUGAACUACAACACGGCCAUCGACAUUUGGAGCUUGGGUUGUAUCAUUGCAGAGUUGUACACCGGCUACCCCCUGUUCCCUGGAGAGAACGAACAAGAACAGCUCGCUUGCAUCAUGGAGAUUCUUGGUGUGCCUGACAAGUACUUGAUCGAGCGCAGCUCUCGCAAAAAGCUCUUCUUCGAUUCUACCGGCGCGCCCCGACCAGUCGUCAACAGCAAAGGCAAACGAAGACGCCCUGGAACCAAGACGCUUGCACAAGUGCUUCGAACGAACGACGAUUCCUUCGUGGACUUUUUGGCGAAAUGCUUGCAUUGGGACCCAGAGCGCCGACUCAAACCGGAUCCCGCGAUGAGGCACCCUUUCCUUAGACCCUUCACCAACGCUCCAGCAAUUGGACCGAUACCCCAGCACGGCCGCCAAGCUUCAUUGUCCAACGGAGGGGCGCGAAGGUCCGUCGGCAACGCAACCACCAGCGGACCUGGCACGACCCGCACGACCAAGCUUUCGAUGACCAGCAGCGCAUCUACCACAGCUGCUCGCGGCGCGACGCUGACUGCGAGCAACAGCAAGCGUACUUCUGCAGGGGGUGACAUGGCCGCAAGCCCAAUGUACCGGUCUCAGCAACAGACCGUCUCGUAG